UAGAGAUCUGAGUACGGAAAUUAACAAAGAACCACAAUGGGAACAAUGUAUCUAUUGCUUCUUUUUACUGGAGUCCUCGCUGGUGGUCAGGCUCAGAGACACUUUGUCACAGCCUUUUUGGAAAAUUACGACAGAACUUCUGCUACAACAUUUCAGCUGUAUAUUAUAACAUACAACAAUGCUGCAUCAGUUACUGUCACAGUAGCUCAACCAAGUUUCAACCAAACUGUGGUAAUUGAAAGAGACAAAGAUGCCUUAGUAACUUUAAGCUAUGACUACAUGAUCUAUGAAAAGGAUAUAUCUUCCAAGGCCGUGAUUGUGACAUCUGAUGCUAAUAUCUCUGUCUACGCAUUUUACACAAAAAACAAUACUGCGGAUGCCAUGGUUUGUCUUCCUCAAGAGGAAUUAGGCACAGAAUACUAUAUAUUUACUCCUGGAACAGGGGGGAUAAACCAGUUUGCUGUGGCCAAUGGAAUAAAUGAUGCUGUUUCAGUCAACAUUACAGUCUCGGGCACUAUCAUCUUUAAUGGUACUUAUUAUGGGAGCAAAGACAAAAUUUCAAUCUCUCUUGCAUAUCAGCAAGUCAUUCAAUUCCAAAGUACCAGUGAUUUAACAGGCACCAGAAUUUCAUCUUCUGCACCGGUGGCCGUUUUCAUGGGCAAUAAAUGCUUUGCUGGUCCAGGCACCACUUGUGAUGUUCUUGUUGAACAGUUGUAUCCGGUGCAGAAUUGGGGGAGGUACUUUGCAGUGUUUCCUUUGUUAAAUCACACCAGUGAUAUCAUCGAUAUAAUAGCAGCUUACUCCGACACCCGAAUAUUCAUAGAAGGGUCUAAGGGAAACACCACUCAGUAUAAUCUAGCACAAGGAUCCCAUGUGAAACUCACCUUACAAGACAGAAUUCUUGUGAACUCUUCCAAGCCCAUAAUGAUAUCCUAUCUUAUUCAACAAAGCACAACUGGACCUGUUCCUGACUAUGAUCCUUUUCUCACUACUGUCCCCCCUAUAGAUUUUAAGAGGAACUACUACAAAUUUGUAACAUACCCAGACUACUACAAUUACCUUCUGAUAGUAUCUCAAUCAUCUGCAGACACUGAUUUUUUUCUCGACCAUCAUCCUCUAAAUCUGAACAAUGCUUUUGUCUCUGAGUUAAAUGGAAUAAAAGCCAUAGAGGUCUCUUUGGGUAAAAUUGGUGGACAACAUGAAAUAUACAAUGAGGCUUCUGCUUUUGUGAUCUAUGUUUAUGGAAUAUACCAUGGUGUGUCUUAUGGCUACUCAGUUGGCCAGGAAAAGUCUUACCCAGAUCCUCCCCUCCCAAAUGCAACGGAAGAGCCAGAUAAUCCAGUGGUGCUAGACUGUCUGCCUCAUGGAGCUGUAUAUCAGAUCCCCCUUCGCCUGGUGUUGGAUGCUCAGCUCUCCGUGCAGGACAUACACCUUGAGGACCCUCUGUGCCAAGCUGUAGAGCAGGGGAACUUUGCUAUCAUAAACGUGCCAUUUAACAGCUGCGGAUCCAGAGUUCUGGAUGAAGAUGGAAAGAUAUUUUAUGUAAAUACAGUCUAUGGCACUAUACCAGAUACCAGCAUUCACCGUAUUGAAGUCCCGGUGCAGUGUGAGAUGGCGGGGAAUGAAACUCUGGGGAUAAACUUUCAUCCUAAAGUUACUGAUGUGGUUUCCCAAGGUCACUAUAACAUCUCACUCAAGCUCUAUGAGGGGGGUGACUAUAUAAAGCCUAUUGCAUUGUAUCCAUUUGAGAUUGAUCUACCAGGAAAUAUUUAUGUGGAGUUUCAAGUGGACUCAGAUGACAAAGACCUGCAGAUAAUCACAGAGAAUUGCAAAUCUUCCCCUACGUUAGAGGAUACAGCCCAGUCUUACAACCUUAUUGAACAUGGGUGUUUUCUGGACUCAACCUUGCACGGAUAUCUUAUUACUGACAAUCGACAGCAACGAUUUAGUUUUCAUGUGUUCAAGUUUGACGAUUUCCAGGAGGUGUAUCUGGCCUGUAAUGUUGUCAUCUGCCAUAAGAGUUCAGUUCCCAACAGGUGCACUCAAGGCUGCCUCAACCGAAGACACAAACGUAAUAUUCACAGCCCUGAAAGUAAACUGGGGACAGCGAGACUCUCUCAAGGGCCCGUUGUUUUCAAAAAAGCAGAACACCAGCAUCAGCAACAGCACGAUAAUAACACCCUGCCUUUGUCGUCCUUUGUGGGAGCUCUGUGCGUCUUCGGGUUGAUGUCAGUGGCGGUUCUGAUACUGCAGAAGCGAUAUUAUCAGAAGCAAGGCUAUUCUCUGCUGCCAAACACCAGCAACAUCCAUUAGAAAAAAUUACGUCUUUACAAGGUUUUCAUGCACUUUAUCUGGGAGAAAAAUACAUUUAAAGAUAUAUUUUCUAACAUGAUGAUACAUGCAUUGCCAAAUAUUUACAUUUUUCUAUGUUAUUAUUAUCUUUUCAUUACCAGGGUUGUACCUUUUACGCCCAUAUAAAUCCGAGAGAUUUCUUGUUUUAAAAUAUAUUUCAUGUUUUCAACACAUCCAUCUGCUACAGAUUCCAGUGACCUAUAUGUAUGUUGUUUUUUAAAAAGCACCAAAAAACAUAAAUUAGCAGAAUGAGGCACAUGAUUUGCAUUAUAUAAAAUGUUUGCAGUGUGUUGUUACAAGCAGCACUAGACGGUAUAUUGCAUGAUGUGACGUUAUGACGUUUUCACUCAAUAAAUACUAUUUAAACAUUUGCUUUAA